AUGUUAUGGUCUUUGCGGAGCAUCAUCGUGUACCUUGAGAGAUGCCGGGAGGACAUCAUCUAUCUGGUUGCAACUGGCAGCAUUCUGAAGAAGGAAAAGGUCUCUCCUCCAUAUUAUGGAUACGAGCUUGUUGUCAGGAAUCCAAAGAAAGACUCAUCACCGUUGCCGGUUGCCACAUAUCUAACUUGUGACCACACGACUGCCUCAGUCACAUACUUUUUGGAGGCCUUCCUGACUGAUGUGGUCAGGUCCUGUGGUAGAAAAGGCAUGCGGCCUCCACUUGUGGUGAUGUGCGAUGGCUCGAUGGUGCUGAUGAAGGCAAUAUGUUUGUCAUUUGCCAAAAAAAAUCUAAAUGACACCAUCAACCAUUACUACAGGAUUGCAAGUGGGAAGGCAACAAAGGAGGAUUUCGAGGUGCCCAUUCUUCAUCGUUGCCUGAUCCACUUCAUGAAGAAUGUGAAGGACAUGUGUAGGAACUACCCUGUGGAGCGGGAUAAUGCUUGGCUCACAAGACUGGACGAUUUUGUUGUCCAGUACCAGAAGUCCCACAACGCCCUCCUAUUGGAGUUUGAGGACUCCAACAGAGUGCAAAAACACAAGAAAUUCAGAGUUGAAAUUGAAAAAUGGAAGGAACGCCAGCAGAGGAAACGGGGACGAUAUGUGACAGCGAUACGAAAGCCGUUCCCCUUCAGAAAAUCUGAUAAGAAGGGUGAUGCCUCUGUGACUGAAGGUCACACACAUGCAGAAACAGAAGAGCCCAGAUCAACCCUGCAGGGGUACAAGGGCUGGGAUUCAGUAACACAGGCUGAAUCAGCUGAAGUGGGAGCUACUGCUAUUGCACAACUUCCACUUCAAGAAAGGGUACUUUCGAGGAAGUUGUCUAAUGACAUGGAAGUAUGUGUUUGGAGAGCAGACCUGACUAACUUCAGCGUUGAUGCUGUUGUAAAUGCUGCCAAUGGUCACCUUCAACAUUUCGGAGGUCUUGCACUCGCCCUGAGCAAGGCUGGGGGGCCUGAAAUACAAGAAGAGUGCAAUAAUUUCAUUGCUAACUUUGGCACAUUGCAAACUGGACAGGCCAUUAUAACAAAUGCUGGAAGUCUGCCAUGCCAAAAAAUAAUACAUGUAGUGGGCCCAUGUUUGAUGAAAAAGCCAACAUCAGACAUGGUUUCCGCUGCUGAAAAAGAUUUGACAUUGGCUAUGCGGAACAUUUUAAAAACAGUGGAUCACCACAACUUUCAGUCCGUUGCUAUUCCUGCCGUGAGUUCUGGCAUCUUCAACUUUCCCCUGAAACUAUGUGCAGAAAUCAUCGUCAGAAAUGUGAAAGAGUUCCAUGAUCUGCGCAAGUCAUCCAUGACACCACUCACAAUACAUCUUGUGAAUAAUGACACACCAACUGUGAAGGCAAUUGAGAGAGCAUGUUUAAAGCUUCUCUCAAAAGUUGACAGUACUUCAUCCAGUGUUCCACCAAAGAAACUCCUGAAAACUCUAUACCAGGAAACACACCAAACUCCAGAGCAAGUGCUCUCCUCAGUUUGGAAAAACAAAAGCUCUGAGGUUGUGGUUGCUUUGCUCCCUACACAAACAAAAGGAAACUCAGUUCUCAUCAGACACAGCCAGCUGUUGACAUUGAGACCUCACCAGUGGUUGGCAGGAGAGGUUAUUGAAAGCUUGUUCCAAGUGUAUACUCAGGAGCUGGGGCUGGGGAACACCAUAUACCUUCUUCACCACUAUGUGGCGGGUGUCAUUCUGUUUGGUCCAAGAGACCAAGUGGCCCGGCAAAGUUUGCGCAAGAUCAACAUGGACAAUUACCAGGGAAUUAUUUCUUUUGUAAAUGUCAACAAUAACCACUGGAAGCUUCUGUACAUAAAUGCAGUCAACCAGACUGUCUUUCUGGUGGAUCCUUGCCCAAGUGCAAAAGAGGAGGAAGAAUCCAAAUAUGCAGCAAAGAGAUGGAGUGACUACCUGAAAAUGAGGAGAACAUGCCAUGGCAAAACAGACUGGGUGGACAUAAAAUGCAAGGGAGGAGUCCUGACCCAUCCAACGCAGCAGGACAGCUGUAGCUGUGGUGUUAUUGUCAGCAUGGAAAGGGCAUGGUCUAAUCCAAUAAAGAACUGUUGA